AUGGAUCGCAUACGGAGAUGGAUAGCUCCUCCCACCGCCGAGUAUGAGCCGAUCCAGGAGCCAGUCGUGCCCUACGACGAUGAUUUAGAUACACCCAAUGCCCAGACACGGUUGGCUCCGCCCUUCUCGAGACCUGUGUACUGGAUAUUUUUUAUCUUGGGUGUGUCUAUGUUAUGGGCGUGGAAUAUGUUUCUUGCCGCGGCGCCAUUUUUCCAUCAGCGAUUCCAAUCAGACAACUGGGCGAUGACUCACUACCAGUCCUCUAUAUUGACCGUGUCGACCGUCACCAACUUGGGCUCCGUAUUCGUACUCGCCAAGCUGCAGGAAUCAGCGUCAUACCCGAGGCGAAUUAUAGUAUCGUUACUGAUCAACAUCGUCGUUUUCACCCUCCUUGCAUUCUCUACCCUUGUGCUGAAAGACGCCUCGGUGAAGGUGUACUUCGGGUUCGUGAUGGUCAUGGUGUUUGGGGCUAGCAUGGCCACCGGAAUCAACCAGAAUGGAGUGUUUGCAUACGUAUCAGGGUUUGGAAGAGAAGAAUAUACACAAGCAAUUAUGGGUGGCCAAGGAGUGGCAGGCGUAUUGCCUCCUUUAGCGCAAAUGCUCUCUGUCCUAGUGGCUCCAGAGCCGGGAAAAGAGCAGGCGCAAGAGGCGUCUUGGAGAUCAGCCUUUGCAUGCUUCAUUAUUGCGACAGGCGUAUCAUCCUUGACACUUGUUUCCUUUGUAUGGCUCACGAAGCGACAAACCGAACACAUCUUGGACUACCAAUCUGAAUCUUCUAAUGCCGACACAACACCCAACAAGACCGUGGGCCUCUGGACACUUUUCUCAAAGCUUCGGCUGUCCGCUAUCUCAAUCUACCUGUGCUUCGCGAUAACAAUGAUUUUCCCCGUCUACACCUCCAAAAUUGAGUCUGUCAACGACCACACUGGUGGCUCUCGACUCUACCAACCAGCCGUUUUCAUCCCACUGGCGUUCUUCUUCUGGAACGCUGGCGACCUACUCGCCAGAAUGCUCGUCCUGAACCCACGCUACUCCAUAGCGCACCGGCCCUGGGCACUCUUAACCCUCGCCCUUGCCCGUGCAGGAUUCAUCCCUCUUUACCUGCUUUGCAACGUCAGUGGUCGAGGCGCUGUCGUACAAAGCGACUUCUUCUACCUUUUCAUCGUCCAGGCACUAUUCGGCGUAACGAAUGGGUACCUUUCGAGUUGUUGUAUGAUGGGCGCAGGUUACUUUGUUUCGGCGGAUGAGCGUGAACCUGCUGGCGGGUUUAUGAGUCUCAUGUUGGUUGGUGGUCUAGCGACGGGAAGUCUCUUGAGCUUCUUUGCGUCUGGGGCAUGA